UGUUGUGGACGAAGUCAGUGGAACGUAAACUAAUUUUUUUUGAGUGAAAAUCUAAACUUGCAUUAAUUGCCUAAUUUGAGACAGUCACUUGAGUCGUGUUUCUUGUUUUUUUAUAUAUAAAUCCUGCCCAAAAUAGUACACAUAGUCCAGGAAACAUGACAUAAGAAGAGAUUUAACAGGAAGACAAAUGUGAAUUACAACAACACCAGUUUGCUUUUCACAGCCCUCCGAAAGCCGAAAAAAAUAUGUGUAUAACGUAACAAUGAUAGCAAACAAAAUGAAUGGUCAUACUAAUGUUUGUGUGUACGUUGUUCCUCUGACUGUGCUGAUAACUAUGUGUCUAUGGACUGUGCAUAAGGCGGAGAGUCGAGCAAUAAACAAAACAACAGAAAUGUUGGAAGCUGAAAUCAAAAAGAGCAAACUUUUAGCUAAAUGGCAGCUUCAAAAAGAAGUAGACAUGAAACUAGAUGUGGAGAAGUUAAAACCGCCGGAUCAUCUGGGAGGUGUCAAAAUGGAACAAGAUGGACAUUUUAACAAAGAUUAUCAAAAGGAGGUAUUUCUUGGAAAUCAUCAAAAUGGAGUGGAACAAGAAGUAGAGUCAAAAUUACAAGACAUCUUUAUGAAUGCAGAUGAAAAUAAAGAUGAUUUUUUAUCCCCUGAUGAAGUUGAAAGAUGGAUUGGACAGAAAAUCCAGGAACAUUUGGAUGAAGCACUAAGUGAAAAUAAUAGAAUUUUUAAAUUAUUGGAUCCAGAUCACGAUGGUUUUAUCACGUGGAACGAGUACUUCAAACAGUUCCUGGUGGUUCAUGGUCAUGACAGUGACCGAGCUGAGAAGCACCUGGCAGAUUACGAUACAAUAGAGCUGGAGCAGUCAGACAAGGACGAGUUGAUGCGCUACAAGUUCCGUUGGUCUGACGCUGAUAAGGCACCAGUGGAUAACAGAUUGUCAGCCAAUGAGUUCCUGGCCUUCCGCCACCCUGAGCACAGUGCCUUUAUGCUGAACUCCAUGGCAAGUGACAUCAUGAGAGCAAUAGAUAAAGACAAAAGUGGCAAUUUGACAGUAUUCGAAUUCAUUGCUUUGCCGGAUGCGGAAGUUCUUGAGCCAAAGGACAGAGAAAUGGAUAGACAUUGGCAGAUGGAGAGAGAAAGAGAGUUCCAUGCUGUCAUUGACGCCAAUAAAGAUGGUAUUGUCUCCUUGGAAGAACUUAAGGACUAUGUUAAUCCUCGACACCCAAAUCACGCAAAAGUAGAGGCUAUCAACUUAAUCAAGAUGGUUGACAAUGAUGGUGACAACCGACUCUCCCUAGCAGAGGUGAUGGAGAAUAAAGAGCUUCUCCUUGGCAGCAAAAUGGUGGAUACAGGACGAAGUUUCCAUGACGAAUUUUGAAAAGAUGGCAUGCUCAAAGCGUGUAUUUUGUGAAAAACUUUAUUUAUAAGCUAUUCAGACAGACAAGGCUUUCACUUCUUUUUGACUGAUUUUAAGUGGUUUAUUUUUUACAUGUUCUUGACUAUUUCAUUUUGGCCUUCUGGAGAUACAGGUAAAAUGGAUCCAGGCUCCCUCCAUCAUACCGAGCCAUGAACAGAUAUUUUUAUACCGUGUUAAUUAAGAUAUUAGGCCAGAAUCAAAAUCUUUCAGGGUCCUUAGCCUGUGUGAUUGUUUUUUUUUUAUUUCUUGGUUGAAAUUAUCUCCAUUGAAUUCAAAAUAUCCCAAUACUUUACAUUGUUGGAAAAUGAUAAAAACAUUAAAAUACAUUGUUUUUGUUUUAGGAUCAUUUACAGCUUUAGUUAUUUAUCGUUAUUUUCAACUUUUUUUUGAGUAUCUUUUGUUUUACAUUUUGUUUUCUUUUCUAUUCUGCAUACAAUGGUACACAUUAUAAGGCAUUUCCGUAGUUAUUACUUGUUAUGAAUGAAAUUUUGUGUUGCAUUUUGAACCAAAGAAUUUCAACUGAACAGAAAGACGUAAACAGUGAAUGUAUUAUUGUUUUAUUAAGCGUGUUUGAAACUUGAACGUGAUGGACAAUACUGACCGAGUAUGCGUGUAAUAAAAUUCUGAAAAGUUAAAAAUUUUCAAUAAGUCUCAUAUUGGAUUGAUGAAUGGCUGCAUGUAGUCAUUGGACUACUUAAUCAUAUGCACAAACCAUUGCUCCAAUGGUUGCGAGUG